CGUGCGCUGCACCACAUGUGUAUGAGAGCAGAUAGUUGUGUAACAUGUUUUAAUCCUGUUUAUGUUGUUUAUGUUGUUUAUGUUGUUUGUGAAGCGGUAAAUGCUCAUGGACAGGAUACAGGAUCAGUGAGUAACGCUGGGAAAAGCCUGUGUGAAAGUCAUGACAAGCAAAAAAGAUGCAGAAAUGGCUCAAGAGCCAAACAGAGCAGCUGACGAUGAGGAGCUGACCAUGUCUGAGGAAGAAGAGGAGGAGGAAGGACUUCAACAGAACCUAGAAGAUGCUAACCAGGAGAAGGGUGGUGAUGAAGAAGAGGAUGGCGAACAGGUGGAUGAUGGCAUUGUAGACAAAAAAACAACUGGCAAGAAGGGCAUCCCAGGUAUCGUGUAUCUGGGCCACAUACCACCCAGAAUAAGACCCAAACAUGUGCGCAACAUGCUGGCAGUGUACGGAGAGAUCGGACGAGUUUUCCUCCAGUCUGAAGAUCGCUCUGUUAGGAGAAAGAAGAGGAAAGCGGGCAACCGCGGCUCGAGGUACGUGGAAGGCUGGGUGGAGUUUAGGGACAAGCGCGUGGCCAAGAGAGUGGCAGCGUCUCUGCACAACACGCCCAUGACCAACCGCAAGAGGAGCCACCUCAGCAGCGACCUGUGGUGCAUCAAAUACCUGCACCGGUUCCAGUGGUGUCACCUGAGUGAGCGUCUGGCGUACGAGCAGACGGUGUAUCAGCAGCGCAUGAGGACGGAGAUCUCACAGGCCAAGCGCGAGACCAACUUCUAUCUGGCCAGUGUAGAGAAGAGCCAGACCCUGGACAGGCUGAGGAAGAAGAGAGCGAAGAAGGGUGAGGUGGUGGAGGAGAAGGGCUGGGAUUUCACACAGCGGCGCACCGAGGAAGAGAUGAGGAUGGAGCGCAUGAAGAAGAGCGGCCUGUCCAAGAAGAACCUACAGAAAGCUCAGGAGAAGAACAGAGCCAUCCAGGAGAAAGCGCAGUCCAACGUGUCCCUGCUGGCUAAGAUCUUCAACAGAGGGACGUCACGCGACUGAGGCGCGUCUUCAAAUGACGAAAUUAGGAAACGCUUUCAAAGGACUUUGACACCGUGCGAUUUUCGUGAUUGUUGUGUUUCAGGUCAGAUUGUUUUUACUCACUGGGCACUGAAUAAAUAUGUGUUUAAAUGUACAGAAGUCUAUUUUUGGUAGAACUAGCAUCUUUUCUACACACACUUCCAGCUGAUGUAUGAAGAUGUCAUUUCACAUCACAAUAAUCAUUCUCCAUUUGUUCAUGAGGACUAAAGUAAUUGCUAUAAUUAUCAGGGAAAUGCAGUUUUACCAGAUGACGCUGUAUAUGUUUCAUGUUUGUGUGUAAACGCAUCUGUUAUUUAGUAAAAUUGGAGAAAUAAAAAGUUCGUCGAAUUUUGUUAAUUUAAA